AUUUCGCGAUAUCGUCCCGUCUUACAAGGCAACCCGACUUCGUGCCGUGUAUGAUGUCUGACACUCCGAUUAGUAGUCAUCAAUGUCACUUUGGAUUUUUCGAUAUUCCGCCGUAGCCCUCCAUGGUUACAAAUGAUAAUCUUACUCAGCUUACCUUGCCCAUAAUCGUCAACUCCUCUACCCAGACAGAGCCUCAUCGUGGCCAAGCCCGGCGUCGGGGUAUAAAGCACGGGACGUCGGCGCUAGCUCCGUUGUUAGUAGCACAAUAACACUUGGCAACUGAAUGAACAGCGCCGAGCCAUUAGCGACGCGGCUGCGCUAUCAAUUUCCUCAACGAAACUUAUGGAGGUGUCAUCGUCGUCAAUCUCAUCGUCGUCCAUAUCUCAAAAAUAUUUUCACCCGAAUUUGCUGCACAUGCUUAGUGCUCGGUCCCAUCGUAUCCGUAUCUCAGCCUCAUCCCAUCGCCCUAUCUUUCCGUAGUUGACGCGCGUCUCCCGGCAAUUAAUUCCAUCUGUCUAUGGGGGUCCGCCUUGAACACGUUGUCUCACACGCACCAUCAGAUGGAGGACUUCGGCGCCGCUGAGGAACAGGCUCAACAGCCAAAUAAUGCCCACGAUGAGACUCGACAGUCUCGAACCACGACUCCUUCAGCCCACACUUCGGCUCAUCCAUCGCCCCCACAGCCGCAACAACCACAAACCGGCCCAUCAGUCAGCACUCCCGCUUCCGCUCCGGUUUCCGGCCCCUCAACAUUAACACCGGGACCUCCGCCCUCCGACACGGGCGCCGACGCCGGCUCCGAACCCGUCAACCCCCGAAAGCGCAAAAAGGCUUCACGAGCCUGCGACUUCUGCCACGUCAACCAUCAACCCUGCGACAACGGCCAGCCCAAAUGCUCCGUCUGCACCAAACAUAACAAACCCUGUCUGUACCUGCGUCCGACCAAACGUCGGGGCCCUCAAAAGGGUUAUCGAACAGCUCUCAACACGUACAAAGAGAGCGCCGCAGCAUGGGGAGCUGUACUUGGCGCCAUUCCCGGACUGGACGCCCUGAUUGAGGGCCAUCUGAGGGCGGCCGGCACCCAGGGGAAGCAGAUCAUUGCGAGUAUCAAGGAUGCGAAUGCGCAGGAGGGAUUGAUUGCCCGGUGGCAGGGGAGUGGAGUUUUUCGGGCUUUCUUCGGGGCGGUGAGGCCAGGGACGGCGGGCGGUAUGGGGGGAGGAGGCGAGGAUGGAGGGAGGGAAGGAAGUAGUGCUCUUACACAGGAUGGGGAGCAGGAGGAUGAAGAAAUGAGCGGUCUUGGUGUUGGGUCUCCGAGUGUUGCUGCUCAAGGAGUUCUAGGAGGACAAGCGCCACCCGCGAAAAGAUUCGCACGAGAAACGGAACAAAGGAGACAAGUAGCGAGGGAUUUGGCUCAGUUACAGCAGCAGCAGCAGCAGCAGCAGCAGCAGCAACAACAACAACAGCAACAACAACAACAGCAGCAAUUGCAACAACAACAACAACAACAACAGCAGCAGCAGCAACUGCAACAACGGCAGUCCGUCGCAGCGGAAGCGGGUCUAGCAGGAGGAGGAGAAGGAGGGAGACGAGCAUCGAUAUCCCCAACGAAAUCACCAGCACCGUCGGUAUCGGUACCACCGCCACCAAUACUACAACCAGCAACAACAGCGACGACAACAACAAUGACAACAACAACAACACCAGCACCCCGCCCCGUCCCUGUCACAAGCACAAGCAAAGGGAUACCCACUCUCAACACCCUCAACACCCUCAACACCAUCACCACCCCACCCAACUUCACAAUCAACGACUCCACCCUCUCAGACAUCGUAGCCAAAGACGCUGCGCAAUCCUCCUCCCGAGAAUCUCAAACCCUCCGUCCCCUUGGGUUCGCCCCCGACGAGACAAUCGCCGACUUUUACAGCAUGGGAGCGAAUCCCGAUCCAAUCAUGUCCGCCAUGUCCAUGUCUCAUCACCAUCACCAGUAUCACCACCCGCUAGGCGGACCGAAUGGCAGCAGCAGCAAGAAUUUUAAUGAUAAUUUCAACGGCGGCGGCAGCGGAGGUGGUGGGAGAGGAGGAGGUGGUGGUGGUGGAAAUGGGAGUAUCAACGGGAAUGGGAAUGGGAAUGAUUAUGGUGGGACGUACCAUGGCGGUAUCGGCGGCAGCGGUGGUGGUGGUGGUGGUGGUGGCGCCGCUGCUGGGGAUGCUGAUGAUGACUUUUUAUUGUUUGAUUCCGAGCAGAGGGCUUACUAUGAGCUUUUGAUGGGGAGGAGUUUUGGAUGAUUGAUUGCCUCUGAGGGGGCGCAAACAUCCAUCUUUUUGAGGAUAGUAUAGUGGUGAGCCAUGAUUGAAACUCUGGCUAGGUGGGCGUGACUGUGGAAAAUCGGCGUCAACAGCGGCAGCAGCGAAAAAGAUUUGAUAUACAUACCCAUUGGGUUGACGAGCGGAAUGGAACGGAGUUGGGGGCAAGAACGACGUGGUUCAUGGAGGUACGUUUGAAAAGAUAAGAGGCAAAGAACAAAAAGAUGAAGACGUGGCAUGUAAAACAACAAUGUGGUAGAACAGAAACGCGUUCACACGACACACACACAUAACGACGACGUAUGAUACCCGCCAAGUUAAGGAUGGCAAACUUUACAAAGAAUAAACAGAAGUCAACUUCAUCAAAA